UGAACCGAGCACACAACCGAGCACACAACUCUAUGCAUUCUUUUUUAACUGUUGCUUUAUGUCGGACAUUGACAGGAAGCUAAAUAAUAUUUUGACUGGUCAGGUCAGCUAGGCUAACUUAAAUAUUAAUAGGGACCUUUUCUUUACGUCGGCGCUAGCUGGUUAGCUCGCUAUUUAACAACACGAGGAGCCGUUACAAUUAGGUGAAUCUUUUUAAACUCCCACUAUGAGCGAACAACUGAAAUUCAUUGUUGAACAACUCAACAAGGAGCCCUUCAAGAAGAACUUCAACCUCAUCACGUUUGACUCAUUGGACACCGUGCAGCUCCUGCAGAUUUUAAACGAUGUUCUGUCUGAAAUAGACCCGAAGCAGGCCGUAGAUAUCCGAGAGGAAACCCCAGAAAAAACAGUGAAGAGAAUGUCUGCCCUGUUGGAUACGCUGAAAUACAAACCUCCUGGGAACCACUCUGACGUGAGCAGCUUCAGACAGGGUUUGGUGAGUGGUAGCAAACCUGUAGUUCACCCAAUCCUCCACUGGUUACUGCAGAGAGUCCCUGACCUAAAGAAGAGGGCUUAUCUAGCCAAUUUUUUGAUGAAGCUGGCGAUACCUGCUGAGUUUUUGCAGGAUGAUAUCAUCAAUGAUACUUAUCAUCAGUAUGAAGAGCUGGUGGAAGGAUUUAAGACAUACCAUAAGGAGUGUGAGCAUCUGAGGAGCUCAGGCUUCUCCACAGCGGAGAUCAGACGGGAUAUUACUGCCAUGGAAGAAGAAAAAGAUCAACUCCUCAAACGUGUGGAGAGACUUAUGAAGAGGGUGGAGUUGGUGUCAAACCAUCACCAAAUGUUGGAGGAGGCCAGACAGCUUCGAGUGGAGAAGGAAAGAGAGGAGUCACUGACUCAUCAGAAGCAAGAGCAGAAGUACCAGCUGUUUCAGAAAGAGCAGAGACUUCUGAGGUUGCAGCAACAGUUGAAGGAUUUGCGACAAGCAGCAGCAGAUGCCACCCCAGAAAAUUUGACUAAGCGACUUGAAGAAGAAAUAACAUUCAAUUCCUACAUGGUUACUGAAAAACUCCCCAAAGAGCUUAAAGCCAUGAGGUGCACAGUGCAGUACAUGCAAAAGGUAGCAUCAGAGCCUGCAAUGGGUCAGAGUGAUGUCCAGGAGAUGGAAGACAAGAUAAAAGUAGUUGACUCUCAGAUAAACCAGCUUAUUGAGAAGAAGAUGAUGAGGAAUGACCCGAUAGAUGAUGAACUGACCCUGUAUAGGCAGCAGGCCUCUAUUAUCAUGAGAAAGAAGGAGUCAAAAGCGGAGGAGCUUCAGGAAGCAAGGGAGGAGUUGGCGGCUGCAGAGAGGGAGCUGAAGCAGAGAGACAACCAGGGACAAGGCUCGCAUAGGGAACAAAUCAUCCGUGGUGAUGAGCUGAAACACUUAGUUGGAAAACUGCGCAGGAAAGGAGCUACCUACAAGAAGAAGAGACAGGAAAUUGCAGAGCUGAGGGGAGAGUAUGGAGUCCUCCAACGGACUGAGGAGAUUCUCAAACAGAGACAUGACGCCAUCCAGCAAAAAUUGCAAAUUGUGGAAGCUGAGAAGGGUAUAUCGGGAUACAGCGACACUCAAGAGGAGCUGGAGAGGGUUUCUGCCAUCAAGAGCGAGCUGGACGAGAAGAAGGGUCGCACUCUGGAUGACAUGUCUGAAAUGGUAAAGAAGUUGAACUCAGUGAUUGUGGAGAAGAAAUCUGCUCUAGCACCGAUUAUUAAAGAGCUGAGGUUGCUGAGACAGCGGCGUGGUCAGCUCAUUGAGGAGUAUGAGAAAAGGAGGGCCCAAUAUGAAAGUUGUGCUGCUGGUUUAGAGAGCAACAGAUCCAAACUGGAACAAGAGGUAAAAGCACUGAGGGAGGAUAUCGCACAAAACGAAAAUAGAUACCAUUAUAUCAACACAAUGUCGGAGAUCAUCGAGAUGCAAAUUCAACGAGCAGCUGAAGAGAUGAAGGCCUAUGUGACCUCAGAUCCACAAAAGAAGAAGGCGAUCAGGGAAGUGUACAUGAAGAACAUUGCAGAACAGGAAUUACUAGGCAAGAAAUUGCGUGAAGAGCAAAAGAUUGUGAGGGAGAGUCACAGCACAAACAUGGAGCAGAUGAAGAUGUGGAGUGACCUGGAGCAGCUGAUGGAGUGCAAGAGGCAGUGUUUUUUUAAGGCACAGAACCAAGUAUCUGUUGAUAAAAUCAUCCAGGAAGAGGGAAAGGAAAGACUGGUGCUCUGAAGGCAUAUUGAACUGCUUAAAAUCUGAUAGCAAUACCCCUUGAGUAACAGAAAUGAGGCUGGAGGAUUAACCUAAUGUACUUCUACCUUUAAAACACAUAGGAUGUCUGUAUAGUUGUAUAAAUGGGGUUGAUAACUUAGAUUUACACAUUCUACAAAAUGUUGAAGAAUAAUUAAAUAAAUGAAAGGCAUUAAAAAACAUUGAUAGUAAUAAUACAUUUGUACAUUAAAAUAAACAGUUUAAACUAAAACAACUGCACUUUGAAAGUUGUACUUUUUGUUACAAAAAACUGGGCAGGAAGGACUGAUACAUCAUAUCAGUUUCCAAAAUUCAGUAGUUUACUGACAGUUCAAAGGUCUGUACACAGAGAAUGAGCCAAGAGGACAGGGGUAACCAAAAACAUGAGGCAGAGUCAGGACACAUGGAAGGAAGGGAACAGACCGCUUAAAUAAACAGGAUGAGAUGAUUGAGAGCAGGUGUGUUCAUUAAGCUGGCUGGAGAAAAGCUGCCACAUCACAGUUUUUUUAUUUAAAAACAUUUGCGGACAAAUGUCCUUACCAUCUGCCAGUGUAUGUAAAUUUAUGACCACAACUUUACUCUGAACUGUCAAUAAAAUUCCUACCCACUGAAUUUUCUCACCUUUUGUCACAAUAUUAUCAGACCAUUUAAUGUAUAUGGGGAUUUCAUCUGAUUAAACAACACUGAGAAGUGUAUAAAUCUAAAGGUAAAAUGUGCAAAUCUGAGAACUGUAAUUUGCAUUAAUUGUGCUCCAUCUAUACUUUGAUGUCAACCAAUAAAAUGUUCAGUCAACUAAUA